AAGUGUGUUUUGUUGAUAAAUCUUCCAAAUUCCCCGUCUGCCGAACACAUUGACCCGAAUUCAUUAAGUACAUUCUGUGAUAAGGUUCAGGCUCAGGGCAAGUUUAAUCCACUUAAAUUCGCGAGUGUUAUUUAAUGACAAUGAAAAAUUUGCUAAUCCCUUCCUUACUGAUUCAUCAAACAUAAUACCUGAAGUUAAUGACGAUGGAAACAACCAGUCCGAGAAAAUGGAGCAAAUUUUCUCUGCUCAUGUGGAAGAAUUUCCUCCUAAUGUGGCGCCACAAAUUCAACACCAUCCUCGAAAUUGUCAUCCCUGUACUGAUAACAUCCCUCCUCGUUGUCAUUCGAAGUCUCUCAGAGCCUGAAACUUACGAAGAUCCCCUGACUUAUCAGCGACUGCCUCUGCAAUACAUGCAAUCAUUCAGACCGCCUAAAAUUGAUACUGAUAUGCAGGAACUCAUCUCAAAGUUCCUCGGACCACAAUUAAAAACGAAGAUAUUGACGAAAUAUAAUGCAAGCAAUUUUAUAGAUUUGAUCGACUGGAGAAUCGCCUAUUCACCAUCACCGAGUCCUCUGGAUGGCCUUAUGAAUGUCGUGAGCGAAAUGCUAAAUGUUACAAUAAAUGCCUUGGAGAACUCAUCCGUUCUGGCUGAUAUCAUGCAAACCUCACCACGCCCACGACCUUUUGCUGGAAUCGCUUUUGACGAUGAAUAUGCUUCAUUGGGAGGUCUGCCAGAUCACAUGAACUACGCAGUGCGCUUUCCAGCUGAAUUGCGAUCGAGGCAAAAUGAAGAGGAUAUAUUAGGCGCCAAUUGGCAAACAGGACGACUUUUCCCGGAGUUUCAGUCCAUUGGACCAAGAAAUAGGAAUCAUUCAGACGGUGGAAUACCGCCAGGAUAUUACAGAGAAGGAUUCGCAGCGAUUCAGCAUGCUGUGUCUGUCACUUUCAUUGAAAUGAAGAAGAUCAAUCCGGAAACAAUCAUUCCAACAAUCUUCCUGCAACGAUUCCCAUAUCCACCAUUUACAAGAGAUGUUCUGCUUGAAGUUAUCACGCUGAUCAUACCCUUCAUGAUUCUGGCCAGUUUCCUGAUUCCAUGCAUCAAUAAUGUCAAGUACAUUACGCUUGAGAAGGAGAAACAACUGAAGGAAGUCAUGAAGAUCAUGGGUCUGCCCAAUUGGCUACACUGGACCGCGUGGUUCUGCAAGAUUAUGAUCUUCUUUCUUAUUUCCAUCACAUUGAUCACGAUCUUGCUGAAAGUCUCCUGGUUUCCUGACACUUACAUCGCCGUCUUCACGCACACACAGUGGACAAUCUUGUGGUUCUACCUCUUCAUCUACAGCAUAGCGACGACAAUGUUCUGCUUCAUGAUGAGCACCUUCUUCUCCAAGGCCAAUACAGCAGCUGCUGUGGCGGGUCUCAUCUUCUUCAUCUUCUACGUUCCCUACACCUUCACCGAACAGAACUACGAUCAGUUGUCUCUUGCUCAGAAACUUCUAGUCUCCAUUUUUCACAACACUGCCAUGAGUUUUGGCUUCUUGCUGACACUGAAGCACGAGGGGAACAUGGAAGGAUUGACUUGGAAUAAUCUCUUCCGCCCUGUCACCAUUGACGACGACCUCACUGUCGGUCACACAAUGAUUAUGAUGAUAAUAACUGCACUAAUCUACUUGGCUAUCGCAUUAUAUGUGGAGAAAGUAUUCCCUGGAGAAUUUGGUGUGGCUUCUAAGUGGUAUUUCCUCUUCACAAGGAAAUUCUGGUGCGGCCAGGAUGACUACAAUGGUGUUGAAGAUGUUGUGACAUCACAAAAUACAAAGUUUUUCGAACCAGGCCCCGCGCGAAAACACGCCGGUGUUCAAGUUAAAGGCCUAAGAAAAAUGUACAGCAAUAAGAAAGUUGCUCUUCAGGGACUCACAAUGAAUAUGUAUGAUGAUGAGAUUACGGUUUUAUUAGGACACAACGGCGCCGGUAAAACGACAACCAUGUCGAUGCUAACGGGCAUGUUUCCACCAAGUUCUGGCACAGCUCUGGUAAAUGGAAAGGACAUCAGAUUGGACAUCGAAGGAGUUAGAAACUCCCUUGGACUCUGUCCGCAGCACAACAUUCUGUUUGACAAUUUAACCGUGAGAGAGCAUAUUAAGUUCUACAGUCGACUCAAAGGAUUAGAUAACAAGCAAGUAGAUGCUGAAGUGAAGAAAUACGUUGGAAUAUUGGAGUUGGAGAACAAAAUUGAUGCACUGACCAAAACCUUAUCUGGAGGAAUGAAGCGGAAAUUAUCAGUGGGUGUUGCUCUGUGUGGCGGCUCAAAAGUCGUACUUUGUGACGAACCUACAUCUGGAAUGGAUCCUUCGGCUAGACGAGCGCUCUGGGAUCUUUUGCAGGCUGAGAAGAAGGGGCGCACAAUUCUCCUAUCCACACAUUUCAUGGACGAAGCGGACAUUCUAGGUGAUCGUAUUGGAAUUCUCUACGAUGGAGAGCUGAAAUGUUAUGGAUCGUCGUUCUUCCUGAAGAAAACCUUUGGCAUGGGAUAUCAUUUGAUUUGCGUCAAAGGACCUCAUUGCAACACCUACGAUAUUACGAAUCUUCUCGAUCGUUACGUUCCGGGAAUCAAAGUUGAGAACGACAUUGGUACUGAAUUGUCCUACCAAUUGCCAGAUAGUGCUUCUAAAAUGUUCCAGCCUAUGCUUAAAGAACUGGAAGAGCACUCGACAAAGCUAGGCAUCGAUAGCUAUGGUAUCUCACUGACAACGCUUGAUGAGGUCUUCAUGAAGGUGGGAUCAGAUUAUCAGAACGGAAUGAUACACAAUAAUAACAACACCACUCUUGAUACCACGAAUGGCAAUGGAAAUUACACCAGCGGCGAUUCUGAGAGAUCUCUAAACUCUACUGAUACCAUUCAUCUUUUAACUGGUUCAAAGCUCACCAUCAAUCAAUGGCGUGCCAUGUUUAUGAAGAAAGUAUUCUACACGAUCCGUAACUGGAUUCUACUCUUUCUGCAGAACCUAAUUCCAGUAUGUUUCCUAAUCAUGAGCAUCUUGAUUGCGAGAACUUUCUCAGUGAAUUGGGUUCUGCCGCCUAAGACUAUGUCAUUUGAGCCCUACACAAACAAUCCAGUGACCAUGGUGCAGCGGAACUACUUCGUUGGAACAGAUCCUGAACUGGCUAUCAACAUCUUCAAUGAAUAUGUGGCGAUGUUUGAUAAUCCACCAACGGAGAGAACGCUCAUUCAGACGGACAUGGAUAUGGAAUUAAAAGCAUUGGAGGAAGCUGGGAGGAAUAUUGUGGCUUUCAACAGUAGAUACUUGGUUGGAGCGACAAUAUCAGGAAAUGAGAUUACCGCUUGGUUCAACAACCAACCUUUUCACACUAUUCCACUGAGUCUUGAUACCGUCUACAACGCAAUCCUCAGAGCAACUUGUGGCCAACAAUGUGGCAUCACAGUCACUAAUCAUCCUGUUCCGUUCACCUAUGAGUCUCGCUUGAUCAUCCUCAGUGUUGGAAACAACAUGGGUUUCCAAUUAGCCAUUAACAUAGCAUUCGCCAUGGCCUUCGUUGGUGCCUUCUUCAUCAUGUUCUACAUCAAGGAACGGAUGUGUCGAGCCAAGUUGCUGCAGUUCGUGUCCGGCGUGAAUGUGUUCACAUUCUGGUUCACCGCGCUCAUUUGGGAUUAUAUAGUGUACCUCGUCACAGCGUGCCUUAUGAUCGCCACCCUUGCAGCCUUUCAGGAAGAGGGAUGGUCUGAAGGACCUGAACUUGGACGCGUAAUGGCCUUGCUAGCCUUCUUCGGAUUUGCCAUGAUGCCUAUUGUCUACCUCUUUUCUCUACUCUUCGAAGUGCCAUCGUCAGGCUUUACCAGAAUGUCCAUGAUUGGAAUCUUCACCGGAGUGGCCUUCUUCCAGGUUGUCUUUGUACUGCGAAUUCCAUCGCUAGAACUAGUUCACAUCGCUGACGGAUUAACCUGGGCCUUCCUGAUCUUCCCCUUCUUUGCCCUCUCAAAUGGACUGAGCAACAUCAACACUCUCAACACCAUCAUUCCAUUCUGCAACAGUGUUUGCAAUUGGCCAUCGGAAGACUGCUGCGUUGAGGAUCUUCCUGACACAUGCUGUGUCGGAGGAUACUUCGACUUCAAGGCGCCAGGCAUCGGCAGGGAUCUCACAUACAUGGCUGUAGUGGGAUUGAUUAUGCUGGUGAUCCUGCUGCUGAAGGAAACACGAGUGCUGGAAGGAGUGUUCUACCGCGGAAAGAAUGUCGUUGAUAAAGUCACCAUCCCGGAGACUGAAGAGGAGGGAGGCUUACUGGAUGACGAUGUGAGAGAUGAAAAAGAGCGUGUGAGAGAAAUGACUCUGACGGACAUUGAGAACCACAAUCUCGUCCUCAAGGAUAUGACAAAGUACUACGGGAAGUUCUUGGCUGUUAACCAACUGUGUGUGGGCGUAGAAUCGGGAUCCUGCUUUGGCCUUCUAGGUGUGAACGGAGCCGGAAAGACCUCGACAUUCAAGAUGUUAACUGGUGAUGAGAUUAUCUCUAAAGGCGAAGCCUGGGUUCGUGGGAUCAGCAUCAAAACUGAUAUGAAAACAGUUCAUCAGAUCAUCGGUUACUGCCCUCAGUUCGAUGCUUUGCUAGAUGAUCUCACCGGACGAGAGACUCUGUACAUCUAUUGCCUUCUGCGAGGAAUCUCCACUGUUCAGAUGAAAGAACUCAGCGAAAGCUUAGCGGUGGAACUCAACUUUAUGCAGCAUAUCGACAAGAAAGUCAAAGAAUACAGUGGAGGCAACAAGAGGAAGCUCUCAACGGCCGUAUCUCUGAUCGGAAAUCCACAUGUGGUGUAUUUGGACGAGCCGACAACCGGAAUGGAUCCCGGAGCAAAAAGACAUCUGUGGAAUAUCGUCUGCAAGAAGCGCGACUCUGGAAAGAGUAUUAUUCUAACGUCACACAGCAUGGAAGAGUGCGAAGCGCUGUGUUCCAGACUGGCCAUCAUGGUGAAUGGGGAGUUCAAGUGUCUCGGAAGCACACAACAUCUGAAGAAUAAAUUCUCCAAAGGCUACAUCCUCGUCGUGCAACUCAAGAGGGACUUCGAGGACAGAUUGCGACAGGCUGUUGAAGAGUCCGAAAACUUUGGCCACAAGAAAGUCCGAAGAGGAUUUCUUAAAAGUCUUUCCCUAGUCGAGGAUGCUGCUGGGACUUCGGAUAGUGGCGAUAAUCCAGAAGGAGAAAUCAAUGAAGCUGUCAAGAGGGUGAAAGAUUACGUAUUAGCCAACUUCACAAGUGCGAUACUCAGGGAAUCAUAUCAGGGCAGACUGACCUUCUAUAUUCCGACCACAAAUCUCAAGUGGUCCAGCAUGUUUGGACUCAUGGAGCAAGCGAAGGAGACGCUCAACAUUGAGAGCUACUCUCUCAGUCAAACGAGUCUGGAGCAGGUGUUCCUCUCCUUCACGAAGAAGCAACGUGAUGAGAGUGAGCAGAACCAGAAGAGUUAAUGCAAGAACACGCUGACGACGAUGGCGAAUGACCAUUGAUAAAAAUUCUAGUGAUUUUCUACACAAUUGUAUUCUCUAGUUGUGAAAUAGACAAAU